AUGGGCGCAGAAGCGGGAGCCGGAGGCGUUGCACCGGUCAUGGAGAUGGGCAAGUCCACCUUGUUAGCAUACUCGCCCUCUGCCCAUGCCCUCAGAUUGAUGGAGCAUCUGCUGAUGCUGCUGCUGACGCAGAAAGGCUUGUUGCUGGGCGGUCCGCUGCCGAUCUUGAAAAGUGGCAGUUGUGAACAAAUCCUAAGAAAGUUUUAG